AUGGGUGGUGAGGCUGCCGAGACCGCGACGGGUGCGCUGGAAGAAGGGAAGCAUAGCAAUGGUGCCACAGAGCCAACUGCGUCUGCUGCGCCUGCUGCUUCAGCUGAGAAGGACCAGGACACCGCGAAGUCGGCCAAGCCUACGAUAGGCGUGAUGAGCACUGGGGAUGCUCAACCGGCUGCAGAAGCUGCAGAUAGGGCGCCGCCUACGGGUUCCAGCCCCAAAAAGAGACGGAAGGUCAACCACGCAGGUUACAUGCGAGAACCUGCAUCUUCCCUCGUCACUGCUUCUCCCUCCCCCGUCUGCUAUUCUUUUCGACCGGCCGGUGAUGGAAUUUCUAUACUUUUAUACGGGUUCCACAUUGCAAAUCAGACCUGCAGGGCUCAACCUUCUUCUCUUUUCCCUUCCCCUCUCCCUCUCCUUGACCGUUUUAUAUAUUUUAUUCAACGUAUAUAUUCUCCUAAUGCCGCUGCCGCUGCCCUUCUUUUUCUUUUCUUUUUCUUAAUUUCUUCAUUUCUUUUCUUUAUCUGCUUGCUUUUUUGUUCCAUGGCGCGCAUCGGAAGUAAAACCGCUGACCAUUCAUUCGCUCUAUAG